AUGGUUUCAAGUAUGGAUGUAGAAUCAAGCAAGCAAAGCUGUGAUAAUCAUGUCAUAUUGUCGCAAAGCGCCGUUAGUCAGAAAUCAAUCGAUUUGGAUCUCUCGAUUAAAUCCCCCACGUCACCAACGGCGGCUCACUGUACGAUCUUGGAGCAAGCAGCGGGUGCUUCUUUAGUUUCAUCUCCACCGCCUGUGUCGUCAACCACCGUAAUUACCUCUACGAUCGUUGCGGUGAGUCCAGUGGGAAGCAACGCUAGCACCACGAAGAACAAUGCAAACGAUACGGAUCUGGCCAAGAAGGCUAUGAAAUUAGAUCUGGUAGAUGCAACCACGACCGGUAAUUUGCGAACGAACUGGAAUCCGGUUGCUUCGAUCAGCACGGCCUCUUCGAGUACAAGUGUAAAUGCCAGUGCCGCUAGCACCGCCACCCAUUCCUCGACAUCCACGUCAGCUGUAACGACGACUACAGCGAUCAUCAUGAAGCACCAUCAUCACAAGUUGAAGGAGCGCACGUUCAGCGAUGAAGUUGGUUCGCCGAAAUCGCCUGCAUCGACAACAGGUGGAGUGGGCAUUGAUCGUUCUGCACUUGUGCUAACCCACCAAAAUUCACUAACGCUGCAAGUAGAAGUAGUCGACGAUCGCAAAGCACUAAGGGAUGCACUCUACCAAGGUAUUUUCCAUCGUCAUCGCCGUACGAUAUUUGCCGUUGGUAGCUUUCUGCGUAUGCUGAAAAGCCGCAACUCAUCGUACAACACGAUUCGCAGCUCAUCUGAAGGUGAGGAUGACACCCGUUAGCUAGAUGGAGUACUCGUGUUGACUAUUUAAGUUACUACCCAGCUUAAGGAGAAGGUUUCAUAGGUAGCCCACCGCCAUAGACAUGAAGUUUUUUUUUUUUAACCACACUAGCGUGUAACAUUCCCAAGAAGAUGUUUUUACUUAAAACGGGUUCGAACUCGAAUGCUGAAUGUAAAUCCUUUGGAGAUGUUUGUGUUCGAUAGACGGAAAUCAGAAGUACUUACCGUUUAAGUUUCAUCUAUAUUAUUUAUCUGAUAUCGUAUGUUUGAAAUGGAGUAAAAUAAGUUAUAAGCGACAAGCGAAACACAUCACUGGAAGUUACUGAACCAUACUAAAGUGUAAACAUGGUUUAUUUCGAGCGAAGCUACAGAAAUGUAUCUAGAGUCCAUUUUAAAAAGUCUUCUAGGUUAAAGGAUCCGUUACUAAAGAUUUUUGAAUGAGUUACACAAAACGAUGUCAAAAAUGAAAAAAAAAAAUUUCGCUCGGCGUCAUCAAAGAGGUAUUCCCCAAUUAAUUAAGACUUGAUCGAGUCUUAAAUUUUCGCGUAAACUUUUUGUUUCAGGUUUUGAAAUACACAACUUUCACGUUCAACGAUAGAAUGAUUUGAGGCCUUUACACGUUUUGUUUUUGUUUUUAUUGCAAUU